AUGAAAGAGAAAGUUGAGGACAGUCAAUUUACUCAACAAAAAAAUAAUCGUACUUCACAAUUAUUUGAUGAGAAUCAACAAAUAAUUAGACAACUUAAACUUAUAUCACUACCUGAAAAUUUUGUAUCAAAAAAUCAAAUUAAAUCUUUAGUUAGUCAAGUUAAUGAAGGUUAUGAAACCGAAUCAAAUGGUAAAAUAGAAUUUCUAGUCUGUUAA